AUGAUAGAGCAUGCGGAACGCAUUGCUGGGACCGACGUCCCCCCUGCCAAACUGGCAAGCAGACGACUCGCUCCCAUUGCCACGGCGAGUUACUACACCUUCCGACCUACGCCCCGUCUCCUACAUAGUCCUGCCAUCGAAGAACAAAUUCAAAAAGAAGAGAAACCCGAUGCUAGGCAGGGAGUCUCGGCGGCAGAAUCCAAUGCCGCCGACGUACCGUGGUACCUCCAGGUCGAACCGCCAAGGCACCCGACGCUGGUGCACGAGCCGCCACCCCUGCCCGAAGUCCCAGAGGGGUCGCCCAAGAUCGUCGAGUUGCUCCUCCGAUACGUGUCGGACGAGUUGGGCCUGGACGAGCUGACAUUGCUUGACCUGCGGGCAAUGGACCCUCCACCCGCCCUGGGCCCGGGCUUGCUGAUGAUGUUCGGAACGGCGCGCAGCGAGCGGCACUUGCACGUCUCGGCGGAUCGGCUGGUGCGCUGGCUGCGCGGGCGCGGCAUCACGGCCGCGGCGGAUGGUCUGCUGGGGCGGAACGAGCUCAAGCUCAAACUGAGGCGGAUUGCCCGGAAGGCGAAGCUGCUAGGCACCUCUGGGGUGCCCCGUGGUGGCGACGAUGGCAUCAGCACAGGGUGGAUCUGCGUCAAUCUAGGCUCCCUCGGCGGGUCCCAUGAGGAGGUUGUAACGGUAGACGCAGAGGGCAGGCCAACGGGGUUUGGCGUGCCUGAUACUGGCACCACCAUCGUCGUCCAGAUGUUGACUGCGUCCAGGAGGGAAGAAUUGGAUUUGGAAUCUUUGUGGAGGGGAAAGCUUCGAGCGAACCUGAAGAAGCAAGGCCUCCCGAUGCCCGCCAACCCAGCUGAGACACCCAGUUCCAGUGAAGCGACCUUUUGA